AUGGAUGUUGGAGAUAAAAGUUGGAUGGAUCCCCGAAGAUUCACCGAUGAGUAUAUCCAUGGAGUUAAUGAUUUCCUAGAUAAGGCAUUUGAACGAGCUUCCAAGGAGAUGAAAUAUUAUGUCCUUGUAAGAAGGUUUUCCUCAAGAAAUACGCCACAUCCAACCAAUGAUGAUGAAAAUUUCGACAGGCAAGAUGGUAUUGAUAAACUACUUCAAGAUACUUUUAGAAAUGUUGCAGAUGACUUGAGGCAUGAAGGAGUAAGAAAGGGACUAUCUGAAGAUGCAAAGAGAUUCUUUAAGUUAGUGGAAGAAGGGAAACAAGAGUUGUAUCCGAGGUGUAAGAACUUUUCUAAGUUGAAUUUCACCAUUCGAUUAUACUUGUUUAAAUGCAUUCACAAGUUGAGUAAUGUAGCCUUUUCAGAUUUGUUAGACUUGAUAAAAGAGGUCAUUCCCUUUGCUCAGAUACCUGAGUCUUUCUACAAGGCAAAAAAGGUGAUAAAAGAUUUGGGUCUUCAUUAUGAAAAAAUUCAUGCAUGUACUAACGAUUGCAUGUUAUUCUGGAAUGACACUGCAAAGUUCAUCAAGUACUCAGUGUGUGGAUCUUCUAGAUGGAAAAAUGUUCGUGAUGACUUGACUAAUAAGGUCACUCAACUUCAAGCAAAGGUUUUAAGGCACUUUCCUUUGAAGCCUAGGCUUCAGAGGAUAUUCAUGUGUUCUGAAACAUCUGUAGCUAUGAGAUGGCAUGAUACUGAACGACCCAAAGAUGGAAAUUUAAGACAUCCUGCUGAUGGGGAAGCUUGGAAGGAUUUUGAUUCCUUGCACCCUGACUUUGCUAGUGAUGCUCGUAACGUUAGAUUGGGUCUUUCAAGUGAUGGUUUUAAUCCAUUUCGAACUAUGAGCAUUUCUCAUAGCACAUGGCCGGUUAUGUUGAUGAAUUAUAACUUAUCACCAUGGAUUUGCAUGAAACCGGAGUAUAUAAUGUUGUCAAUGAUUAUUACAGGUCCAUCGUCUCCUGGAAAUGAUAUUGAUGUAUACUUACAACCACUGAUUGCAGAGUUGAAGGAACUACGGGAAGUGGGAGUGGAAACAUAUGAUACUGUAACUAAUCAAACAUUUAUGAUGCGUGCAGCUUUAUUGUGGACAAUUAGUGAUUUUCCAGCAUUGGCAAUGCUUUCCGGAUGGAGUACCAAAGGGAAAUGGGCAUGCCCCACUUGUAAUCAUAACACUUAUUCCCAAUAUCUCAAACAUAGUCAUAAGAUGUGUUAUUUGGCUCAUCGAGCAUUUUUGCCUCAUGAUCAUCCUUAUAGAAGAGAUAAAAAAUCCUUUAAUGGUAAAGAGGAGCUUAAAGUUGCACCUACUCCUUUAUAA